AUGCACCCUAUUCUCGGUCGGAUUGUCGUCAAUUUUGUUCUCUGUCUCAUCUGCUUCAUAGCAUACUCUUCGCAAAUAUUCAUAAUAUGGCCCUGGUACGGCCGUGAGGUCUCGGUCGACCUCCUUACAUUACUUGUACCAUUCAAUCUUUUAGUCGGCAUGCUCCUUUGGAACUAUUUCUUAACUGUAACCACGGACCCAGGCGGCGUACCUGAUAAUUGGAAACCGGACACGACGGAAGACGGGUAUGAAGUCAAGAAGCUCACUGGAAAGCCGAGAUAUUGUCGAUUCUGUGAGAAACCCAAGCCCCCCAGGGCUCACCACUGUAAAGAGUGUAAACGGCAAGAACUCCAUGAUGACAACCCGCUUUAUAAAGAUCAUCAUUGUCCCUGGGUGAAUAACUGCGUCGGCCACUUCAAUUACGGUCAUUUCAUUCGGUUUCUCUUCUAUGUCGACCUCGCCUGCUCGUAUCAUCUUGCAAUGGUAACCAGUCGCGUACGGUCUGCUUGGGGAGUUCGCGUAUGGGACGAGCCCUCGGCGUCAGAAUUAAUAUUCAUGAUCUUGAAUUAUGUCGCAUGCGUACCCGUUCUCCUCAGCGUUGGAGGAUUUAGUAUCUACCAUUUGAUAUCCCUUCUCCGAAAUACCACCACCAUCGAGGGUUGGGAGAAAGAUAAAGCUGCUACAAUGGUGCGCCGCGGAAAGAUUCGCGAGAACCUAGGACGACGUCGCAACUUAGAGUCCAUACUCGGUACUAACCCAUGGUUGUGGUGCUGGCCGACCGUGACGCCGGGCACUGGGCUGAAGUACGACCUUGCCGAGAACGAGGAUACUACCAUGGUCUGGCCGCCGGAAGACCCAGACGCCAGAGAGUACGAUGAUAAUGACGACGACGGGGCCGGGCAAUUCGAACUUCCAGAAUCUCCUUGGACAUACGAGAACGGCGCGCUCAACCCAAGCCUUCAACCCUAUAACUCUGAGCUACGCACCUCUGCUCUGCAACGGCGUCAUAAACGACAGAAUCCACAAACUCAGUCAAAUACAAACGCUGAUGAACAUGUAUAUGAAUCAUCCGAAUCAGAGAGUUCAUACCAAGAAUUCCCCAGGAAGCGUAGAGGUUCAGAGGGCUAUGAAGUUCGUCCUGUCGAUCGCAACGAGAUGUUGAGGCGUUAUCUGGAAGAGAUAGGGGAGGCACCAGGACGUUACCAUAGAUAUAUUCCGCAGCCAGAGAGUGCCAGUGAAGACGAUGAACUUCCUCUAGAUCAAAGCCCAAUACCGGCACAUUGA